CUGUGCCUCUCCGCGGAUUUGCGACGUUUAGCGACCACCGCGCCUGCGCGGGUGCGGGCAGAAAAGCUGGGGCCGUGGCGGCCAGUGCCGGAUGAUGCUAAGCGGCUCCCUGGGCGCCGGGCUGCUGCGAGGUGCGGGCGGGAGCCGCGGGCAGUUCGGGGUGCGGGGUGUCCGCGGAGGUGGAGCAGCCAUGGCAGCCGGGGAGAGCAUGGCUCAGCGGAUGGUCUGGGUGGACCUGGAGAUGACGGGACUGGAUAUUGAGAAGGACCAGAUUAUUGAGAUGGCUUGUCUGAUAACUGACUCUGAUCUCAACAUUUUGGCUGAAGGUCCUAACCUGAUCAUUAAACAGCCAGAUGAGUUACUGGACAGCAUGUCAGACUGGUGUAAGGAGCACCAUGGGAAGUCUGGUCUAACCAAGGCAGUGAAGGAGAGUACAAUGACACUGCAGCAGGCAGAGUAUGAAUUUCUGUCCUUUGUACGACAGCAGACUCCUCCGGGGCUCUGUCCACUUGCAGGAAAUUCAGUUCAUGCAGAUAAGAAGUUUCUUGACAAAUACAUGCCCCAGUUCAUGAAGCAUCUCCAUUAUAGAAUAAUUGAUGUGAGCACUGUUAAGGAACUGUGCAGACGCUGGUAUCCAGAAGAAUAUGAAUUUGCACCAAAGAAGGCUGCCUCUCACAGGGCACUUGAUGACAUUAGUGAAAGCAUCAAAGAACUUCAGUUUUACCGAAAUAACAUCUUCAAGAAAAAAACAGAUGAAAAGAAGAGGAAACUUAUAGAAAAUGGGGAAACCGAGAAGACUGUGAGUUGAUGCCGGUUCUCAGGCUGCCGCCACCUAGUUCUGUGGAAGCAACUGCUGGUGGUAUCCCCUCCCCCCCUUUUCUCUUCAUGCUGAUGAGUCAGCAGAUCUCUUUUCAGUUACCCUUGCCCCUCCCCACUAUUCACACAGACAGCACCUACAGUUUCACUUUCCACCUGACAUGCUGUCUCCUUUUUGUGACACAGCACUCCCUUGUAAGUACCAGGUCAUGUUCAUUCCUUGGUACAUACUUGCAUUUGCUUUUAGACCACUUCUUUUGUUUAAAGAAAAAAACUAAUAAAUAAAGCUAGUUCUAUUGAAAUGCA